CGAUCGGCACACCAACUGCUGUGCACCAACUCCAUACCCACCGCAGGGCGCACACGCGACACAGCACACAAACCAUACCUCCACCGAAAAGGUGUUUCGAAGUUGGUGUUCGUUGGCAUAGUCUCGAGACCGGGAAAGGAAGAGGGUAAGGCAACCUUCAGGAUCACCCAACAGGCACAGCAGUAGGGUUGACAAGAGCAGCUGCAGCUGCGGGCAAGCCUGUAGCACAGCAGCAGCACAGAAGAAGAAACUAGGAGCGCUGAGAGAUGGCCCAGCCUGGAAGGAGCCCGGAGGUGGAUGCUGAGUUGAAGAAGCUGCAGGGGGUACAAAGCGAGCUUCAAGCUUUGGCGGCGUCCCGCAGCCAGUUCUACCAGCAAGCGAAUGAAAACGGCAUGGUGAAGCAGGAAUUGGACCUGCUGGAAGAUGGGGCUCCCGUGUUCAAGCUGGUUGGGCCGGUGCUGAUUAAGCAAGACCUUGAAGAGGCCAAGCAAAACGUGGCUAAGCGACUGGAGCUUAUCGAGCGAGAAAUGGCAAAGGUGUCCAAGGCGUUUGAGGAGAAGCAGAGAGAGGAGGCCGCAAUAGGGGAUGAGAUCAUGAGAAUGCAGGGAGGAAUGAAAGAGCGAGCAGCCGAGGAGGCGCGGAAGAUCAUGGAAGGCGCGGCAUAGUACACAUGGCGUACACAUAGUGGGAGGUUUUGGCAUUAUGUACCGCGCUGUUUAAUGAAAGUGUAUCGAACAGGUGUCGGGCGUGUUUCUCUUGGAUAAGUUGUGGUAGAGAAAAAAUACGUGACAGCGUCGGGUGCUUCUUGGAACCACUCGUGCGGAACGAGACGUCGAAGAAUGUCACUCUCCGCGGCAUCCCUCUAAGGGAAAUUAUACCGCUCGGGCUGGAAGGAGACACAGCUGCCGGCUGAGUAGACUUGGAGGCUGCACGCGGUGCCGUAGAACAAACCGGCAUGUAUGGUAGGCUGUCACUCCAAGACUGCUUUCGGCGCGGAUCUUCUUUUCUUCCUUCUGUCGGUGAAAGAGUAAGCGUACCGACACGGCUGUGGAAACUGUCGGUGGGCGCGAUUUUCAAAGUCGAAUGCCUGGUUUUGGCGCGUCAUACGUGCCCGCUGGCAGUCGAACCAGAAAAGCUGCAGAUGACAGAGGAGAGAGGGGUGAAUUUCCGACGUCAAAAGGGGGGGGGAGAUACUGCGCAUGGUUGCUUUUUGGCGUGAUUUUGAACUCGUCGACCAUGGCUGUGUGGGGUGCAACAAGAAAUUCGGGUGCCUCUUGUUGACUCAGCGCAACAAUAAACGCUUUUCGGCAUGAGGCACAACAAACAUCGCCGUUCGGUCGUUCUGCGUCGGUUGCACAAGCGCGGAGGUUCAUUAGCGCGAAGCACCCGCUGCUGCUGUGGACCGGUGCGGGGAUACAUAGAUCAGGGCAUUUUCCGCGCAACGGAUACACCCGGGAGUGCAUUGCAUUUUUGAUGUUUGCUUUACAACCCCCUGUUACGGAAAUGCAUACGCAUCUCCUGUCUUGGCCAAUGUUCAGUACUACUGCUUAUCUAGACGAAUGGCGUAUGUGUUAUCUAUG